AAUUAUUUUCCAUAUAUAAAUAAUUGCUUUUGCUGAUUUAAGUAUUGUUUUUAAAUUUUCUCUUCAAAAUUUGCAUAAAAAAACGGACGCUCAAAACUCUCCUCUCCUCUUUCUCUCAAAUAAAACCCUAAGGACUCUUAAAUCCCCAAAUCUCUAUAUCCAAAUCUUGUUUAUAUCUUCUUGAUUCGUCCUUUUUAGGUGGAUUUGGAGGGCUUCAAUGUUGUGAGAUUCAAGCCUGAGUCUCAGAUUUCCAAGGAUCUGUAGAUAUAAGUUAUUCUAUCUUUAUAUAUUUGGACACAAAAACCAUAGACAAUGGCGUCGUCGGAUAAAGAGCUCGAACAACAGCUUAUGGAAGCUGGGAUUAAGCUUGUUAAUCCCCCUUCUUCGGUUGAUGAACUUCUACCUCUUCUAGACCAAGUCGAGAAUUGUUUAUCAAAAGUGGAACAGUCCCCUUCAAAGUCAAUGCAAAUUGCACUGGCCCCAUCUCUGAAUUCAUUGGUUGCGCGGCAACUUUUUAGGCAUUCAGAUGUUGAUGUGAAAGUAGCAGUUGCCUCUUGCAUUAGUGAAAUAACCAGAAUAACUGCUCCAGAUGCUCCUUAUGAGGAUUAUCAGAUGAAGGAUGUCUUUCAGUUAAUUGUAUCAUCAUUUCAAAAUCUGGAUGACAUGUCUAGUCAAUCAUAUGUUAAAAGGACUUCGAUUCUUGAAACUGUUGCAAAAGUUCGGUCAUGUGUGGUGAUGUUGGAUUUGGAGUGUGACGCUCUGAUAAUUGAAAUGUUCCAGCAUUUCCUUAAUGCUAUAAGGGAUGAUCACCCAGAGAAUGUUUUUUCAUCCAUGGAGACCAUUAUGAUCCUUGUCUUAGAAGAAAGUGAAGAAAUCUCUCCAGAACUUCUUUCUCCUCUUCUAGCCAGUGUGAAAAGGGGCAAUGAGGAAGUUCUACCUGUUGCUCGUAAAUUAGGAGAAAAAGUACUUGAAAGUUGUGCUAACAAAGUUAAGCCUUACUUGCAACAUGCUGUUAAAUCUUUGGAUAUUUCUUUAGAUGAUUACAGUGAAAUAGUUGCCUCUAUAUGCCAAUCCGGCACUGUUGAACAAAAUGAUGCUCAUGCUGCUGAUGAAAAUAAAGUUGAAGAAAGCAAUCCAGCUGGAGAAUCAUUGGAUGAGGCUGAUAAAGAUAUGGCAGCUGAAGGAGGUUCUCCUAAACAAGCUGAUCCUGUAAAUGACAAAACUCCUAAAUCAAUUGUGAGUAAUGGUGUUGCCCAGACUGGUGAAGAAGACACUCUGGUAGAUUCAUGUUGCUUAAAGAAGCAAGAUGAUGGUAAUCAUGCUGAUCAGUCAAAAAGUAUUGACAUGUCAAGCAAUGCUAAGACUGAUAUUUUGGAUACUGAGAAGGCAGUUACAGAGCAAAGCAAGCCGGCACACCCAACAAAAAAGAGAGGGAGGAAACUCAGUUCAUCAACAAAGUUGACAGAACCAUCUGAAAGUACUCGUAUUGAUGCUGAGAAAGGAGCAGAGAAACUACUGGAUGAUGAAGCUCACAGCAAAGAUGUUCCAGUUUCACCUCGCAAGGAGCCAUUUGCUGAGGCAGCUGUGUCUUCUGAAAAUAAAAAAGAGGCUGGUAGUAGUCGGCCUUCCUUCCCCAAGGCAGUAGAGGGCAAGUGCAUGACUGCUGCUUCUCCAUCUGGAAGUGGGAGUCUUCUCGAUGAAAGUCUUUCCAAGAAGGCUGCACGAUCAAAGAAGAAAGAGAUCUUGAUCAAAGAGUCUGAACCAUCUGUUGAUGAUGUUCCCAAAAAGGUCCUUGAAGGAGAAGGAGCUAGUGAUUUAGAAGCAAAACCAAAAAAGCGAUCAGCAAGAAAGGUCCAUGCUAGGGUUUCCUGUGAGGAAAAGACACCAAUCGCGACAGAUGCAUCCAAUAGGGGAAGCGGCACUACAAGUGAAUCAGAGACAAAACAACUGAAGCAGUCUUCGAAGAAGGUGGACUCAAGCAGCAAAAAUGGUGAUGAAUCCUCUUUAAACCAUUCUCAGGAUAAGAAACAUCGCAAUCGUGGAAAAUCUACUUCAGAAAAGAAUGUGACCAAAAGUUCAACUAAAGAUGAUGACAUGGAAAAGUUCUCUUCACCGAAGUUGGUUACAAAAUUAGCAAAAGAUGAGCAUCAAAUGGAGGAGACACCCAAGGUCAACAGCAAGAGAAAGUGUGCCUCAGGCAGUGAAAAGGCAUCUGGCACUAGAGAAUAUGAUGCCAGUCUGGUUAACUUGAGGGUUAAAGUUUGGUGGCCAAGAGAUCACGCAUUUUAUGAAGGUGUAAUACGUUCUUAUGAUCCUGUUAAAAAGAAACAUGAGGUUGCCUAUGAUGAUGGGGAUACAGAAAUAUUAAAUCUUAAGAGGCAGAAGUGGGAAAUUAUUAGGGAUGAAUCUGCACCAGAUGAGGGAGAAGCAUCUGAUCCCAAGAGUCCAGAUAUUCCAUCUGAAAUGCGCUCAAAGAAGAAAAUGAAACCAAAUACUGAUCAGUCUGCAAAGCAAGAAAAGGUGGAUGCUUCUCCAUUGAGGGAUGGAGGAGGUUCCUCCAGCAAAUCCAAGAGUGCAGCAACAAAAACUGUACGAAAAUCGAAGAAAGUGAGUAAAAUGGAUGGCAAAUCUAUGGAUGAUUCAGAAACAGUUAAAAAGGCUGAGGAUGAAAUUGCUGGCAAAAGUAAGGAUAAUACCAAUAAGAGUGGAACUAAAUCUACUGAUGUUACUUUAAAAACAGCCAGCAAAUCAAAAAAUGAUGACAUCGCACCAUCAAAGACUGGCAAGUCCAAGGAGGAAGAGACGACACCCAUAACCUCCAAGUCCAAGCAAGAAACAGUGAAAACUGGCAAAUCCAAGCAAGACGCCAAGGACAAAUCUCCAAGGAGUGGCGGCAAAUCUAGUGCUAAUGGUAUUGGAAAGUUGAAAUCUGGUUCGUCGAAGGUGAAAGCAAUUGAGGGUAAGGAGAAACCAACAGAUUCUGGAAAACCACAAGAAAGCAUGAAAGGGAAAUCUCUAAGCUCAUCCAAAGGACAGGAAAUUGGGGGAAGGAGUGGAAAGAAGAGGAGAAGAGUCUAAACUUGAACUCUUACAGUCGUCUAUCAUAAACUGCUACAUAGGCCUUCUGUUGCAGCUUGGCUUGAUUGAUGUCUGAGCGCGACAUUCACUCAGUAAGCCAUUGUAUGUGUAAUUGGUGUCAUCUUUUGACAUAAAAUUGCAAGGUUGGAGCAAGCGUGGCUGUCUGAAACACAGUUCUAGUCUUAGUUUAUAGUGGUGUAGGGUUAGUUUUUUCAUUUUUACCAUUGUUUCUAGAUCGAAUUUCAUGUUAUUUGGGAGUCGCAGUAGAAUACAUUGGGUUAGCUUUGUUAAAUAGAUGCUUUUUAUGGAUAGAUAACGUCAGAUCGUCGUAAUCUUGCUGUCAGCAGUGUUUUCUGCAGGAAUUCCCUUAUCUAGCCUUCAAAUUAGUGUUCUUGC